GCCGCGCGUUAUUUCAGGGAGCCGUGCGGGUCCGGUCCCAGUUGAGGUGGGGAGAGGGCCUGGCGGGCUGCGCGGGGCCGGGAGCGGCUGUGCGGGCGCGGCCCGGCGCGGGCAGGUGUGGCUCGCGGUGGAAGAGGUCAGACGUAGCCGGCCGGUCCCGUGGGGAAGGAGCCCGUGCCCAGCGCCCGGCUCUUCCGCUCCGCCGCAACUUUGGGGUGUGGCAGGGCCGGUGCCGGGCGGUCCCCCUGGGUGUGGGCGCGGAGGAGGUCUGGGGUGACCGUGGGCGGGGUGCAGCCCUCCCGCGGCCACGGGGGGAGUAACACAGAUGUCCAUAAUCCGGAUUAUCCGCGGUGACUCGGGGCCUCUUCCCCCGCCCGUCUGAGUUAGAGUUACAGGCCGUUCCCCCAAACUUCCUCCCGUCGGCGGCUCUUGCUCUGCCCUCUCUUGGCGGGCCCAGCAGGUCCGGGGACGCGGCGGGACGCGACGGGGUCAGGGCCCCCAGGGGCACAGCCCAGAGUCUGCGAAAGAGGGGGGCUGUGGACUGCUUCACCCUGGGUCAGGCCCCAGGCCCAGGCCCAGGCCCAGGCCCAGGCCCCAGGCCCCAGGCCCCGAGCCCCAGCAUGUCGGGGAAGCGCAAGCGGGUGGUACUGACCAUUAAAGAUAAGCUGGAUAUAAUAAAGAAACUCGAAGACGGAGGUUCCUCCAAGCAGCUGGCAGUGAUUUAUGGAAUUGGUGAGACUACAGUUCGGGAUAUAAGGAAAAAUAAGGAAAAGAUUAUCACUUAUGCAAGCAGUUCUGAUUCCACGAGUCUUCUGGCCAAGAGGAAAUCGAUGAAGCCAUCCAUGUACGAGGAACUGGACAAGGCAAUGCUAGAAUGGUUCAACCAGCAGAGAGCAAAAGGGAAUCCUGUAUCGGGCCCGAUUUGCGCAAAAAGGGCAGAGUUCUUUUUCUAUGCUCUGGGAAUGGAUGGUGAUUUCAACCCCUCUGCUGGUUGGUUGACUCGUUUUAAGCAGCGGCACAGCAUUAGGGAGAUUAACAUCAGAAAUGAAAGAUUGAAUGGCGACGAGACUGCCGUGGAAGAUUUUUGCAACAACUUCCGAGACUUCAUUGAACGCGAGAAUUUACAGCCUGAACAGAUCUACAAUGCAGACGAAACUGGACUCUUCUGGAAAUGCCUACCUUCCAGGACUUCUGCGAUCAAAGGUAAAUACAGUGUCUCUGGGCACAAGGCGGUUGAAGAAAGAGUCACUAUCAUGUGUUGUGCCAAUGCAACAGGUUUACACAAACUGAAACUCUGUGUUGUGGGGAAAGCAAAGAAACCUCGCUCCUUCAAGUCGACGGACACCUCAAACCUGCCAGUCUCUUAUUUUAGCCAAAAAGGUGCAUGGAUGGAUCUUUCCAUUUUCCGACAGUGGUUUGAUAAGAUCUUUGUGCCACAGGUUCGGGAGUACUUGAGAUCUAAAGGCCUGCAGGAAAAGGCUGUGCUCUUGUUGGAUAAUUCACCAACACAUCCAAAUGAAAACGUCCUAAGGUCAGAUGAUGGUCAAAUAUUUGCUAAAUAUUUACCGCCUAACGUGGCUUCAUUGAUCCAGCCCUCGGAUCAAGGGGUCGUGGCGACAAUGAAGAGAAAUUAUCGUGCAGGUCUUCUUCAGAACAACUUGGAAGAAGGUAAUGACCUGAAAUCCUUCUGGAAGAAGCUAACUCUGCUAGAUGCACUUUAUGAAAUAGCAAUGGCAUGGAAUUUAGUAAAGCCAGUUACCAUUAGCAGAGCAUGGAAGAAGAUUCUACCUACCAUAGAGGAAAAAGAAGGCUUGGGCUUUGAUGAUGAAGAUAUUUCCAUGGCUACUGUGUCCACCAUUUUACAACAUACCAGAGGACUGGAAAAUGUGACUACUGAGAACGUUGAAAAGUGGCUUGAAGUGGACAGUACUGAACCAGGCUAUGAAGUGUUAACCGACAGCGAAAUCAUCAGAAGAGCACAAGGCCAGACAGACGAAUCUAGUGAAAAUGAGGAGGAGGAAAUAGAACUGAUUCCAGAGAAACAUAUUAAUCAUGCAGCUGCUCUCCAGUGGACUGAAAAUUUAUUGGAUUAUCUAGAACAACAAGGUGAUAUGAUCCUGCCUGAUAAACUGGUGAUUCGUAAACUUCGAGCCACCAUCAGAAAUAAACAGAAGAUGACAACCUCAAGUCAAUAAUGGCAUUUCAUUGUUAUAGUUUUGGUAAUUGUGUCUGUAACUCUUAACCUCUGCGAUGUGGCUUAAUUUUGUGUUGUCAAGUCUCAGUCACAGCCCUAUGAAAUACAGAUACAGAAAUGUAUCUGAAGUGUUGGAGGACUAUGUUUUGGAUCAUCUGUGUGUCUUCCUUUAUUUGUGCAGAUAAUUGGAAGCUGAUUCUGUAUAGAUAAAAAAUUACAUAUACACGUGUAUUACUUUGGUAGAUCUGCAACUAUCCCUUCUAUUACAGUGGCAUUCUCUAAAACCUCAAAAAAAUUUACAGGUAACAGUGAACAGAUUGAGCACUUUACUGAAAUCUGUUGUUUGGUUUAUGAGGGCUGCCACAGUAAUAUUUACUUGUGUUAACAUCUUAAAUGGUUAUAUUUUGUGUUCUGCAUACACUGACAGAAUGAGAAAUAAUCUAUAUUUUAGAUUUCAGGGUGGUCUGCAAUAAUUGAAAGUGAAGUCCAAUAAUGAGGAAGCAGUGAUCUAUGAAUUGUAAUUAUAAAAAUAACUUAGAAAUGCUACUUCUGUUCUCUUAACAUUUGUUUAGGCGGCAAGGGGAGGAGAUUUUCCUGGAAGUAAAUAUAUAUGAAGUGAUUACUAAAUUAGUAAGAAAACUAUUUGAAAGCUGAUAUAUGAAAGAUAUUCUGAUCUAUUUGUAGAGAAGUGCGAGUUGAGAAUUUGGGGAACUUUAGGUUAUUUAUACAAAGGGAAUAAAUAGGCUUGUUUUAAUUGGGUCUUAUAUUAUGAAUUGGGUAAUUAUUUAUUCAUGUAAUUAUAGUACAGGUUUUGUAAUGUUACAUACAUGUGGUGAUAUGAACUCCCACCUUAUAUAUGGGGAUGAAUCUUGGGAAUUUAAAGUUAGAUUUUUUUUACUGUGUUCUUGGAAAUGUCUACAGUUUGAAAAAACUUAUCAUACCUUCCCCUUUUAUUUGAUACGAAAAGAAAAAGAAAUGAAUAAAGUUUUUAUUAAUUUUAACAAGCCAUAGGUUGUGACCUGUUUUAUGAAGAAAGCAGAAAUGAUUAUGGAAAGUGCCAGAUUCUAAGGGAUUUCAUCAUUUACUCUUUUGACACUUGUAAAAAGGUAUUCUUUCUUCUAGAAUCCAUUUAAAUUUGAAUUUUGAUAAAUUUGCUUAGUAAAUUUACUUUUUAUUCAAGACUUUGAAAAGACUUUAUGAAUAUUGAUUUAAUUUAUAACUUAAAAGCAAUGUGGGUCUCCAUAUUAUUUCAUCCUGCCUGAUAAAUAGGUAUUUAUCACACAUUUUUUUUUACCCUUAAAAAAAAUGUUCUCUAUUGGUCAUUUUUUUGAAGGUUUAACUUUUAAAUUGAAAUAUUUUGCAUUUUAUAUUUAUAGUGCCUUUCUUAGAAUUCUAAGACUUCAAAGAUACUUUUAGCUUUCCCUUAUUUCUGUUAUCUUCAUGAUACAUGUCCAGAUUUUUUUAAAAAAGACUUCUCUGAUGAGAACUGUUUGAAAAUUGCUGCAUGAAAAAAGCAUCAGAAAUUAACAUACAUUAUCGAAUCAGCUAAUUAUAAAUUAUGCUAUAAAUUAAGUUGUAUAUCAAAGAAAUUUUCAUUUUUCUAAUAUGAAAAUGUAUAAAAGCUUCUUGGAAUUUCUGUCUGGAUUUGCUCAAUUUUUAAAAUUCAUCUUGCCGGUGAAAUUCAGCUGUAUCAUUGCCACCUAGUGGUAAAAUUAACAUUACUGUUAAGCUGUGUGGUUUAAAAUAUUAAUAUCUAGUAAAAGGUUCACUGUUUUGUGGCCUUGAGUGGGUGAAUCUUGUGACUCCUCUAGCUUGUAAGUGACUGCUCUUGUUUUUUUAGAUUUAUAGCUAUUUGCUUUUUUCCAAAAGCUGUCAACACUAGUAGGCUAUAGUUCUUUUUUGAACCCUUUUAUCCUUAAGUAUAAGUAUAAAAGCUGCCAGUUACUGAAUACCAUGUUAUGUUCUAAGCAAUGUACUUAUUUAUCCUCAAAUUAUGGUGGAUAUACUGAUAUUCAGCUCAUACUUUUAAUUGCUGAAGAUCACUUGGCUACAGAUAAAAAUUUAAACCCAGAUAUUUAGUGCCAAGAGCCUAUGCUUGUAUUAUUCAACCUAGGCUAACCUUUCCCAGUCUUCAAAAUUUAUUUCCUGCCACCAACCCCCCUGCCCCUGACCUGUCACAGAUGUCUGACUUUGCUUCUCUGUACACUUGUGGCAGCAACUGCCCUUCCCCUUACUCUUCUAUGAGGUUAGUCUUUCUCUUUAACCACCCUGUAGUUUCAUUUCUGUUUAUCCCCAACCCUAAUAGCACUUGAAACUUGGAUCAUCUGCCUUUUGAUUUCUGGUUAGCCAUGCUCAGUGAGGAUCCUUUCUGUCUUAAUUUAAAACAUACUAUUGGGAAAAAUAAGCAGUUCAUGUGAACAUUUCUCUUUAGUUUAUGAGACAGUCUCAAAGAGAUUUGAGGAGUUGGCACAGUAUUUGCUAGACCAGAAAUAUUGGAAACUGCUUCUAUCAAAACCACAGAUCCAUACAGAUCAAAAGGGGAAAAACCCAAAUGAGAUGAUAUGGGGAGGAGAAGGAAGGAUAGGCUGAAAUACAAGAGCUGAUUAGAGAAUAAAAAUGGGACAUGUGGGCUGCAGUGAGGUUCAUUUUGUAAUGAUGUGUGUUUCAGCAUCAUACUCCCAGCCUUACUAGUAUGUGCUGCUCAUUCAUAGAUGGUCCAUGAAUCUCUGCUUUUCUUCUUUCUCUGAGAAUGUUAAAACAUCAGUGCCAAGUUAAGUGCAUUUGAUCAGUAAUUGGGGAAGGUUAGUAGAUGAUGACAGAAGCUCUUUGGGUACUAUAUCUGCCCAAAGUCAUAAAUCUUUAGUUCCUGAUUCCUAUUCCCUCAAUAUCCCACCAGAGGCUGUGUUUGGCUUUCUAUUUUUCCUUUAAGAAAUUAGCCACAGACAGUAUUCUCACCAGUGUUGCCAGGUUUUCCCAUUGAUGAGCCUCGACAGAACAACAGCUCUCAGAAAACCCCUCUGCAUUAUGAUGUUUCUUAAGACCCAUACUUCUAGUAGCCAAGAAGUCUAUGAGAGUAGGUCUACCUGCAGCGGUUGAUACAGGAAAUUAGGAACUUACUUUUUAUGAGAGAUUUGGACUUUUGAGGGGUUCGAUGGUGAGGGAAGUGGAAUUCUUUGCCAAGUUUAAAUUUAGUGAAUCAAAAAUUGGUUGAGCCUUACUAUAUACAUAAGAUGACUGGGAGUGGUGGGUUUAGGAAAAUAAAAAGAGGAAAAGUGGAUCUUAAGGUGGAAAAAUGACAUUUGGAAAAAAAAAAUACCCCAUCUGUUCAAUUUUAAACCCAUAUAAAACAGCCAACAUGAUGUGAUAGGGACUUUGUAAGAAAACCAUCAUGAUUUAUAUUGCUUAUUCAUUCCUUUGCUGGCUCUUACUGUGUAUACCAUUUACAUUUUAAGCUUUUCUUUGUUCUGUUUUUUUUUUUUACUAAUCCUGAAUGACAUUAUACAUUUCCAUUACCUGCAUGCUUAAGACCACAAAUCUACCUCCAGUCACCGUCUUCAGAAAUGCAGAUUUGUAUCUUCAAUUGAGAAGCAGGAUUUAAGUGUGGAAGGGAAAUUAAAAUUGUUGCUUUUCUUCCCCUCUGUAGUAGACAUUAGCAUUCUGAUGUCAAAGCUACCUAUAUGGGCUAAGGAGUUGACAUAAUUUUUUAAUUGCUGAAUUAGGCUUAUCUUCUUUGAUCUAAAAUAGCAAAAUAGAUAAUUAUCUAUUUUCUUAUUUCUGUCCUUAGUUAGCCUUUCUGCCAUACAUACAUGUCUUUGCCUCUGACCAUUCCUUCCCACAGGGAGGCAUAGUGGUUUCUGUUUUUGAUACCCUUGUUGCUACUCAAGUACUAAAAUUUAGUUUGUCAUGUUCCAGCCCCUAACCUCCUUAAAAGACCAUCAUUUAUACUCUUGACACCAACUAUAGUCCUUAGAAAUGUACUGUUUUCACAGUUUAGGCAGCUGGCAACUUUGCAUAGUAACUAGUCUAAUGCAAUUUGAAGUUGGAUUGAAAGAAUGCCCAAAGGGUACCAUAUCAGUUGCUGGAGACACCUAGAUUGUGAAAACUGGUGACUGUAAGGCCUUGGAGUCUUGUAAGACUUGUAAUAUGUUGUGAACUGAUUUUUGUGAUCUAUGUUUCUUAAUACCGGACUAUGAGAUCAAGGCUCCAUGAUUUGCAGAGUACUCAGCAAACACUAAUUGUACACUUUCUCUAAGACAUGUCUUAGGCAAUGCAUGGGAUACGUGGAUAAGACUAUCUGCUUCAAGAGAUUUAUAUUAUAAUAGAGACAUGUAGGAAAAGGAGUGAAUUAAGUGUUCCGACGCUGAUGGAAUGCAAAGAAAACACUCAACAAUUCCGAUAUGAGUGACAUAAAGAAGCAUAAUCUGAUAGGAGAAGUGGAGUCAAAACAAUUGAGUUGGUCUUGAAAAAUAAUUGAAAUAUUCACUUUAGUUUUACUUGUCUUGAGUCAUUGCCAGAUGUCCUCCAGGGGGCCAAGUCAUCCCCACUUGAGAACUACUACUGUAGAGCUGCAAGAUCACAGGUAUUUGGUUUGCUUUCCAAGUUAUUCAAAAUAAUAUUUAUAAACUAUUUUUUACCACUAUCCCAAGUGACAUGGUCUCUGGUAGGUUAUUUCCCUGAUGCCUGUUGCCUAAUCACUGAUUUAAUACCACAUACUUGAGAUUUUUGUCACAGCAGCAUUCCACUUUGAGGUACCCGUUUCUCUAUUGAUCUGGGUAACUCUGAUGAAACAAAAUUCAGAAUUUUAGAGAUAUACCAUGAAUGUUUUUCUCUUAGCAGUUUUGUAAUGAUAAAGGACUUGGUUGAAGCAUAACUCUAAGUAGUGAUUCAUGGACCUAGGCUCCUUCCAUCUUGUGAUUUUGCAUUUGCUAGACUCUUAGAGUCUUCUGCAUCAAGUUAGAAGAUGAGAAAAGAGAAAAUGAGGAAUGAAAAUAUACAUUGCUUCUUAGAAACUUCCAUUUCUCUGAAGUGAUAUACAUUAUUUCAGUUCACAUUCUAAUGAUGAGAACUAAUCCCCUGGACUUGCCUUCAUACAGGCAAUGCUUGAGGAUGACUUCCUAGCUAGAUAGCUGCUUCCUAGUGACAACUUUAUACUAUGGAAGGGGAAGCCACACAUUAGUGAAUCAUUAGCCCUUUCUGAAACAAGAACAGUGGCAAUUAUUGUAGAAUCAUUUAGGGAACUUUUAAAAAAUAUCGGUGCAUGAGUCCUACUCUAAAAGGAUCUGAUUUAAUUAGGGUACUUAUGGUGGGUUUUUGUUUUCAAGUUUCCACAUAUCUCUCAACAUGCAACCAAGGGUGAGAACCACAAGAUUAUGCAUUUGCAAGGUAAGCAGAGUAGAAGAUGUGGAGACGAGAUUAAUAGGUUCCUCUGAUGGACCAUGAGGUCAAGACUAUGUAUAGAGGCAGAGUAAUGAGGAAGCUAAAUAAACAAGCAAAUUCACACAUAUAUGCAUCUCUGUGUGUUUGUAGUAGUAACUGUGAUAUCAGAGGAGAGACCAUAGAGCUUGGAAGAAGAACACCCAGUAUUUAAGUCCCAGUUUUACCCAUUUUUCAGUUCUAGAAUUUUUUUUUAAUUUUUAUUUAUUUAUGAUAGUCACAGAGAGAGAGAGAGAGAGAGGCAGAGACAUAGGCAGAGGGAGAAGCAGGUUCCAUGCACUGGGAGCCUGACGUGGGAUUCGAUCCCGGGUCUCCAGGAUCGUGCCCUGGGCCAAAGGCAAGCGCCAAACCGCUGCGCCACCCAGGGAUCCCAAGUUCUAGAAUUUCUAAUUGAUUCCUAUUUUUCUUUCAUGUAUAAAACAAUCUAUUUAAGUGUAUUAAUUUUACUUAUUUGGAAGUUACAGUUUGAAUUCUCUAUAAUCUCUGAGCCUUCUCUAAUCUUUGAGUUUGUAGUCUUUCAUGGAGUUGGUACUAUGCCAACACUUGGACAUUGUUAAUCGUGCCUUCCUCAGGGAGCUGAGAUUUCCUGAAAUACUACGGUCUCUGCUUGUAUAGCACAUAUUGUGGGAAGUGUAGAAACAUCUGCUAAAGUUUGGUCAGAGCCAUUGAUAGUGAGAAUAUGGAAUGGACAUUAUAACCUGCCAGAUGGGGAACUUGGGAGCUUGUUUUCUGGGUUUGGAUGUACCCCAUUCCUCCUGACUUUACCAGCUCCCAGGGGCAUUGUUCUAUUAAUCACUGCAAGCCCUGGCCUUUCUUGAACACAGGCAGAAUGUUCUCUUGUGCCUAGCCUUGGAAAGUGGCAGUUAUGUGCCUGGAUCCUUAAAUUAGGCCCCUUGUUGGUUAUAUCUGAACUUCUGCUCCCAGCUUUUCACCACUUCAUUAUAUAGAACACAAUUUUCUCCUACACAAUUUAUGGUCCUUCAAAAGUUUACCUUCUUGUUUUUAGGAUGGAGUCCUUCCUUCUAAUCUAAUAUCUCCAUUUAUCCUGAUAUCAGAAAUCCUAUCAGUGUGAUCUUGGGUGAAUCUCUAAAUCUCACUAAAAUGGGGAUAAUAAUACAGAUUGUUAAAAGGAAUAAAUAAAAUAAUGUACAACACUUUGUGAAUGAAUGCUAGUUUUUAAGUUCUUAAUAGGAAGCAUUAAAAGACCAGAGGCAUCGAAGAUGAAGAGUAGAGUGGGAGAGUAAGAAAAUUGAGACAGUAGGAGUUUGUGGUUGAAGGGAGGGUUAAAAGGUCAAGAUUUGCAACUCUAGGUAUUCACAAUGUGUUGAGGCAAUAUAUACAAUCAGGCAUUCCUUUUUCAAUGCUCUAUGCUGCCUUCUCUUAUUAUUGCAUGAUAUGCAGACUAACCCUUUUAUUCACACUCUAAGUCAGAAGACACUUUUUUUUCACAUUACAGUUGAUUCUUGAACAAUAGGUUUGAACUGUUAGGGUCCACUUAUAUGCAAAUUUUUACAGCACAGUACUGUAAAUGAUUUUAUAGUUUUCUUAACAUUUUCUUUGCUCUAGGUUACUUGUAAGAAUACAGUGUAAAACACAUAUAUUAAAUAUCUGUUAAUCAAUUGUUUGUUAUUGUGUUUCAGUCAACAGUAUAGGCUUUUAGUUAAGUUUUGGGGAAGUCCAAAGUUAUAUGUAGAUUUUUGUUUGGGGAGUGGUCAGUGCCCAAGAGCCCCAUGUUUUCCAAGGGUCAACUGUAUAAUUAUAAGAUAUUUGUAGAUUCUCACUUUGAGAACCUCUCUAGAAGGAGACAAGUACAUUUCAGUUAAGUCCUAAAGGUAUCAAGGCAAUAAAAAGAUCCAUUGCUGAAAAUCCCUUCCAGGUAUAUACACUAGUAUUUUAUGGAAAGUUAGUAAAGUUUUGAGGAAGAGAUAAAAGAAAUCUGAAAAAGACAAAUGAAUAAGUAAAGGGAUAUUGAAUAGUGACAAGCAUUUGUAUAAUUUUUUUUGUCUCUGAAUGAGAAAA